CGGAUGGUAACCCAGGAGAUCUCACAGAUUACUGCCCUCGUGCCUUUGUUUUGCAUAUUUUCCUCGAUAUCGUGACAAACAGUCGUUAAAAGUGUGAAACUGAGAUGAAACAGAAAGAGUCACUAAUACUGACGCCCACAGUGACCAGAAAAGUUGUCUCUGCACAUGGGCAGGGGGACACAAGAGUGCAUGGGAAAUCAAGCUCUCCGUUUAAAAAAGCAUGUUUGGUGCUGAAGAUCUGGAGUUUGGAAAUAUACUGGAUCAUCUGUCGCUUCGCCAAGGCCUUUGAAUACUUCACUGCAUUCAUUGUAAUUCUCAAUGUAGGCAUACUCACGGCUGACACCUUUGAUAUCGUUUCUGUGUAUGCAGGUUGGUUUGUCUCAGCAUUGGAUAGCGUCUUCCUGGGAAUCUUUCUGAUGGAAUUCAUGCUUAAGUUCAUAGUGUCAGGUCAUCUAUAUUUCAAAAGCCUCUGGAAUGUUUUGGAUUUCAUCCUCCUUCUGAUUGAUCUGGUAGAAAUGUUCAUGGAAAGCAUGGAGGCUGAAGGAAGUGUUACUGGUUUUUCUGCACUCAGGAUUUUUAAAGGACUCCGUGCAGCCAGAGCUUUACGUGUUCUCAGAAUAAUCCGAAACCUCCAGAGCUACCAAUUAGUCUUGUCCACCUGUCGCCAGUCACUUCCGUCUAUGAGUUCCAUCAUCCUCCUAAUGGUCCUGUUUAUGCUCAUGUUCUGUGUGAUAUUCCGCGAGACGUUCAGCGAGACUGAUCCAGAGCGGUUUGGAAGCAUUUUCAGCACUUUAUUCACCCUCUUUCAGCUUCUUACAGUGGAUGACUGGUUCCUUAUCUACACCACCAGCAGAGCUCGAGGGGCUGCUGGGAUCAUUAUUUACCUGAUCCCUUACAUCUUUUUAAUGAAUUACAUCCUCCUCAAUCUUGUGAUAUCAGUGUUCGUGGACAAUUUCAAGAUAGCCAUCAAGAACAGGAAAGCAGAGAGGCAAAGGAUAGAGGAGACUGAAGAGUUCCUAGAUGUGGACGAAGAUGAAGUGCAGAGCCAAAUGAAGAUCGAUCUGGAUACGAGUGCACCUGAGACAAAUGAGAAGGUCCACCAGGAGACUCUACAGUCCUCCUCCCUCAGAUAUAGCAAGAGGAAAGCAGAGCUGAUGGCCAGAUCUCUUCAAAUACUUGCAGCUAUUGAAGAGAGCCAGCAAACACUAAGGUCACAAAGUGCUUUGAUGAACAAACUGUUUGUCAAGGCAUUUGAGGUGGCCCAGAUUUCUCAGUACUACCAGUCUGAGGGGACCAAAGCUAAUCUUACCAGAGCAGAGAUUGUCAUAAUUAAAUGCAUCCAGACCUUUCACCUGCAUGAACAGUUCCAUGAAGAGAGCAGGGGACUGCCAAAGUAUACCAUCAAGGACCUAGUUGCAUUUGACAUCUCAGCCCAGAGACGCACAGGCAUAACUAUGGAAGACCACAGACUGGCACGUCUAAAGACCCGCCAUUCCAAAUACCCCCCAUUGGAUAUAUUUGCACACUGGAUCCUCGAGAGUAAGUUCUUCUCAAACAUGGUGAUGCUCCUGAUCUUUUUGAAUUCUAUUAUUCAGCUGAUCCAGGCAGUUUUUCUUCCAUAUCCCAAUAAAUAUGAUGACAUGCAAUACAUGGUCCACUGUUUUAUUUACUUAGAGAUUUUCGACAAAAUGGAACCACAUUUUCAGAUUCUGGCGAUUGUAUUGGAUAUUCUGGAGUCAGGAAUACUAGGAAUUUUCUUCCUGGAGAUCCUGCUCAAAUGGUUGGACAAUUUCUGGCAGUUUUGGAAAAGCUCAUGGAACAUCUUUGAUUUUUGUGUCACUAUCCUGGUAAGUGCGAUGAAGCUGUGUUCUUUUAUCCCAGAGAUAUUGAAAGCCACCAGCAAUUCACAGAUGGUUCAUCUCAGCUUUUUAAAGUACUUCCGCAAACUUCGCGUCCUCCGUUGUUUGAAGGUGGUGUCUAAAUAUAGACCAGUUCGGGUUGUUGUGCUUGCCAUCUCCCGAUCUUUUAAGGCUGUGGCCAACAUCUACCUGCUCCUGUUUGUGUUUAUGUUCAUUUUUGCACUGGCUGGAAUGAAUAUUUUCCAAAACUACAACCGCUCCAGUGCUGAAGGGUUAGUUUUCAGUGAAAGUUUUAGUGAUCUUUCUGCUGCAUUCAUCACACUUUUUAUGAUUUUCACCCUGGAUAAUUGGCAUGCCCUGCUGUCGGAAGUGCAAAAGGUUCCAGAGCUGGACAGUAUCACCUGCAGCCUUUACAUCAUUUUCUGGAUUUUUAUUGGCUCCUUCAUAUUCCGAAACAUUUUCAUUGGCAUUAUGACAAAUACAUUCAAUUCUGUAAGGAGUGAACUCUCCAAAGUGGUCGAACAAAUUGAAAUGCAGCAUAAGACAGAUCUUUUCAAAGCAGAAAUCAUAAAGAGGAGAUUAAGCCAACCAAAGAUUCCUGUACUUGCCAUUAUACCCGAGGAACACGAGGAGUCUCUCUCCACCAAGGAGUCUUCACUGUCUAUGACCUCCAGUGCGCACAACAAGAAAGAGAAAUUAGACUGGGAGACAUAUGUGGAGGAGAACAUGCAGGCAAUGUGGCUUCAGAAGGAGGACGAGAAGGUGAUGUGGCCCAAGGACCUUCUCCUUAGGUACUAUGUGUUGAUGAAGACACUCCAGGACAUCCUGGAUACGAGGAUGGAGCUGCAGAACCUUUUAGUUCAGCUAUUGCUUAACAUGCAAGAUUCCUUUUCCUCGAAAGAGCCUUCUCCAUCAUUCUCUAGUUAAAGUGGAAAAACAUAUAGAAAUGUAUAUGAGGUCAUUUAUAUAA